AUGGUAUUGAUGUGGUGGGUCAUGGUAGGAGGUGAGGCUAUAGUUUGUUCAGGUGGAUCAGUAGAAUCGGUAGGAUUAGAGGAAUGUUAUCACGAAGGAAUAGCUGAAAUAGCUGAGAUUACCGAAAUAGGUAAAGUCAGUUAUGCAGUAUUCGGUUAA